AAAAACAAUUUUUUUUUUUGCUCCAUGAAAAUAAUUUUUUAGGAUAAUGGCUUCAGUAGAAGAAGAUCAAGAGCCCUUGGAUGUUGCUUGUGAAGCUACAGUUGGUGUUCAAGGUGAUGAUGAAAUCAAUGCAGAUGAAGAAAUUAAUGAAGUGGUUGAAGAUGACUCUGGUGAACUAGACAGAUCUGGUGCUACUGAUGGCACUGCAGGUGAUCAAGAAGAGGCUGCAGACUCUGAGUCACCUGACACUUCCAAAAAUCAAGAAGAAACUCCUGAGGCUAGAGGAGAGAAGAAUGAUGUAGGGGAUGGAGAAGCCACUGGCAAUGAUGAAGAGCAAAAUCAAGAAAGUGCCAAAAAGCUUUUGAGGAUGCAGUUGUCCACACAAACUUUGCAAAAGUUGUUGAAGGAGGGAAAAAUGGAAAAGCUCCCAACAGGGUCUUUUCGUAUCAGUUCUGAAGCCCUGAAAGAGCUCCGCAAAGACACGCAGAAAGCUCAAGAAACAACUCCUGUUGAGUCUGAAGAGAGCCCACGGAAGAGGAAGAUUUCAGAAGUGAUGUCUGAAGAAGCUUCGCCAUCAAAAGCAAAGUACCACAAAAACUCUAUUAUGAGGAAGCGUGGUGGGGCUGCUGGGCGGGGUGGUGGCAGGCUGCACCCCAAGAGCAUGCCGCCCGCGCUCACUGGAAAAAAGCUUACUCCAAAGCAAUUGCAGAAUCUGCAAACCGCGCAGCAAAAGAUGCUACACCAAAAACUAGCUAGAAGACCUAAGAAGCGAAGGGUUCAUGAUUAUCUGUCAGACUUUAAUAGUUCGGAAGAUGAUGAUGGAGACCAAAUCAUUGCAGAUUUAAAGGAUAGUCUGGCUGAAUUAGCACCUCGAAAAGGCGAUGACCUAUCCAAAAACAUGAAUCUUCUUUUUGAACAACUUCACAAGUCAAUAUUUGGUGGACUUAGUGAUGAGUCAGAUGAAGAUGAGAACGAAAAUGAUCUUGGUGAAGAAGAGAGAAUGCGUCAACUUGCGUAUUCUGAUCCCGAUUUUGAGACUCCCGAUUCGUCUACGGGCGAGCUCUCGAUUCCAGAGAACUUCUUCAUGACGGGACGUGUGGGGAAUGACAGCAAGACGGUGAUGUGCAUUCGCAGCAGCGGCAAGCGACGCACCUGGAACGGCAUGCAGUGCCCUGUGUACACCAUUGAUACUUCGGUCGAGCAGAGCACCACAGUCACUCCCUUGCUAGUGACAGCCUUCAGCACCUCACCUGGCUAUGCUAAGCAGAAGGAGGUUGAGGACAAAACUCUUCUCAUGUCAGACCCUGACCUCGUUGAACAACUCCUAGCAAAGAACGUGUCUCUUAGGAAGUACAAGGAGCAAGUAAAAGUGCUUCGUAGGCGCUACCUGCAACUCGCUCGCCGUCUCGCCACCAGACCACAACUGCAGACCAUCGCAGACCUCGUGGCGGCGUCAUCGCGCUUCCUCACGCAGGAUCAGAUGGUCUUCUUCACCAUGCAGCUGAAGGCAGGAUGCGACUCCACUCAAGGGGCCAGAUUUUCAGCUCGCGAAAAGCUAUUGGCUAUGGGGCUCUACCAACAAGACCCCGAGACCUACAAGUGGCUGCAACGGCUCUUCCAUCUGCCCUCGACUUCUGAGCUGGAGCGAUGGCUGGACGCCGUAGCGAGGGGCAACCCAAUGCGCGUGAAGCAGCUCAUGUACUACGUGUACACGCGCUAUUGCUUCAGACCGAGAGACGACGUCUUCCCGCACACUCUUUCUGGUUAUUAGAAUAACCAAGGACUAUUCCAUGAAACAUUAAAUCGCGUUUUUAUCCUGUAGCUUCCGUCACGGUACCAUUUACAGAUUUACAAUGAUAAUCUUGUCGUAGCUCAAACGUGAUAAAUAUCUCUUGACUCGCGCCUCUUAGCCGCAGCAUAGAUGAAAUCUUGAAAAGACAAGUCGUUGGUGGUGUUAAUAUUUUUGGUGUUUAAACGGCUAUGAAUUCAAGUGGGGGAAAUAACACAUUAAACUCUUUAUAUUAUAUUACAUAAUUACAUUCUUUACAGACUGGAAUACGCACGGGUUAAUUCUGCUUCCUUUUUAUUAGAAAAUAACCAAACCUAUGCUAUUGUCUUGAUGUGGAUCCCGAAUGUUUUCACACACGUGAGAAACACAAAUUACUCCCAUACUCAUCAAUUAUUAAUUUAAGCUUCUCCUGAGUCUGCUCCCUUGUUUCAAGAUACCCGUGUAUGUAUGCUGGAAGAUGAGUUACGGAUCGACGUACCUGGCAGUAUUUCGUAUAAUAAUCAGUAAUUUUUACCGAGUGCACACGACUCUUUACUUUGUAGUACAAGGAUGUACUUUGCUAAUAUUAGUAUUGCAACAAUAAUUCGUUCUAAAACAAGUAUAGAGAUCAUUGGAUAUAAUCCAAUUUGGCCCUAUACUUCAGUCUCUGGUUAUUAGUAAUAUGCUCGAGAUAGAAUAAAUAUUGGUAAUUACAAUUAAUUUUACAUCUAGAAAUAAACUUGCAUCUAAAUAGAA